AUGAUAGUUGUUGGAUGGUUUAUGAGUAUUAUCAUAACAUUAACAUUGACAAUCAUUCUUCUUGCUUUUUUGGGCACGGCUUCACAUUUCAUAAGUGAUGAAAAUAAAAUAGCAAUUAUAAGAAUGAUCAUUGGAAUAGGGUAUUGUGUGUUUGUCACUGUUAUUCUUGACGUCCCUCUCAAUUUUAAUAUUCCUGUAUUAUCAACGUUAUUUCAUCUAACCCAAAUCGUUGUUCUUUUUAUUGGAUUUAUAUAUUGUGUUUAUCAACAAACUGAUCAAAUAUAUUGUCUUAAUUCACUUUUCAUCAUACGGGCACUUGUUGUUGCACCAAUAAUUGAAGAAACAUUAUUUAGAGGAGUGUUUAUACCAUACCUGUUGACAAACGGAUGCACAUCAAUAUUUACAUUUAUCUAUUGUUCAAUGCUUUUUGGACUUGCACACAUCAACCACCUAAUAACAGAAGAUGUUAUUGAUAAAGCUGCUAUCAUCAAUACAGUGAUACAAGUUGGAUUUACUACAUUAUUUGGAAUGUAUUCAUCAUAUGUUUUCUUCAGUACAAAAUCGGUAAUAUCAUGCAUUUUAUGCCAUGCAGUUGCAAAUUACUUAGGAUUUCCUGAUUUUACAACAAUGUCAGAUAAAAAAACCGCAAUCAUUUAUUUAAUUGGAGUAACGUUAUUUAUUGGAUCAUUCUUCAUUCAUGGCAUUCUCUUUUAA